GAGACUAUGAAUGACAUCUCUUCCUCACAGAAUCCAAAAUGGACCAGACCAAGCAGGGUCACGGGGUGCUUCUCGACCUGCCCAACUCCUUACAUGGAGGUCUUCCAAACUGUUGACAUGCUCAUCACUCACGUACGCUCGUAUAGCAUACGGAUAGCCACUUUAUCAGUCAAACACCAUCAUCAUGGCACGGUUCCAGACCUCCAUCCUCACUGCAGUCACCGUCGGCGCUGCAUUCGUGAUCCUCCUGAUAAGGGGAUACUAUGAACAUAUAACUGAUGAUCCCCACCGCUGCCACGCUCUCAUGUACGACGAUACGCGGUCGCCCAACUGGGAAGGCUCGAAGCAGCAGAAAUGGGAGCCGCGAGGGUGCCGUAUGGUGAAGUACUCCGCGGACGAUCUCCACGAUUGCCUGGGCGGCCGGAAACUGGUGUUCGCCGGAGACUCGACUAUCCGGCAGCUCUUCUGUGCUGCGGCGAGGCGGCUCGAUCCUGCUCACGCGGAGAACGUGAGCUGGAGCAAGCAUGGCACUGAGGAGUCUGGAGGGGAAAAGAAGCAUCGCGAUCUUACGUUCGAGGCGAGGGGCGUCAAGGUGGAGUUUAUCUGGGACCCUUGGCUGAACUCGACUGCUUUGCACAAUGUGCUGAGGACUCUUCGCGUUCUCCCUACGUCUGGAGACGAGAAGGCCGUUGCGUUGGUGGGGGAGGACAAACCACCUGCUGCUGCGCUCGUUGUCGUGGGGGCUGCGGGUCUCUGGGCCGCUCGAUACGGCGGGGACAGCUAUCUAGACCUCUUUGAGCGCGGGAUCAACCGCAUCACGCCGUACCUGUCGACUAACUUGGACGAGUUCAUAUCAUCAUCCUCCUCCUCCUCGUCAUCCUCAUGGCUAACCCCCAACGCAAAAGGAACUAACAAUUUUCACGCAAGCCAAGUCCUCCUCGCCCCCAUCCAAGUGCCCCUAUACGAGAACCUAUCACCCAACCGAUCUCGGACGAUUACGCACCAGCGGAUCCAGGCGAUGAACAGCUACCUCUCGCAUCUCCCCUCGAACCCGUCGUCGCACGUCCCCUGGACAUUCAACCGGCUCGUGGCUGACCCCUCCUCCCCCAGAGACGAGAACUUCAUGAAAGACGGCCUGCACGUUUCCGACGCAGUAGCGGCCCGCAAGCUCGACCUCGCCCUCAACGUGCGCUGCAACUCCGAGCUCAGCGCCCGCUCGCGCUCCUUCAGGGGCACGUGCUGCGUCCAGAAGACGCCGCGCGUCUCGGCCAAGCUGCUGGGCGUGGGCGGGCUCGGUCUCGGGCUCGUCGAGCUCGUCAAGCAUGGGUAUGUUCACCCCGUGCUGUGGCGGCACAGCAAGAUGUGCGCCGCUGCGGUGGUCUUCGUGCACGCGCUCCUCUGGUGCUGGUUCUGCGACGGGACGACCGCGGUCGGCAAGGAGGAGCGCCGUUAUCGGCCCAGCGAGUUUCUUGGGGCGUGUCUGCUGUGGCUUGGGGCUACGCUGUGGGUGCGGCGUAACAAUAACAAUGAUAGCAGCAGCAACAGCAACAGCAACAGAAGCAAUAGCGACGAAGGGAUAGAACUAGACGAGCUGCCGUCGGCAAAAAAAGACGCCGAAAAAGCUGAUGGCGAUAAGCGAGGCCCGACGCUCGGCGGCCACCGCGGCCCGGGCUACUACUACCUAUCCCGCGAGCACUCGGACGAGAUGAAAGGCUGGAUGCAGGGCUUUAUCUUGCUGUACCACUACCACCACGCCUCGCAGACGCUGUGGGUGUACAAGCUCGCCCGGCUCUUCAUCUCGACGUACUUUUUCCUGUCGGGGUACGGACACACGCUGUACUUCCUCCGGACGCGCGACUUCUCGGCGCGGCGCUUCGCCGUUGUGUUUUUCCGCCUGAACGUGCUGAGCGCGCUGCUGCCCUACGUCCUGGGCACGCAGUACACGGCUUACUACUUCGCGCCGGUUGUAUCGUUCUGGUACGUGGUCCAGUUUCUGACGCUGCGCUGCUUCGGCUGCUUCAACCGCCACUUCCGCUGGGUUGUGCUGAAGGUUGCUGCCGCGGCGUGCUUCACCGACUGGCUCAUCUACCACCCGGGGAUCCUGGAGUGGUUCUCCUGGGCCUGCGACGUCGGGUUUCGCACGACUUUCGAUGCUGCAGAGAUGCGGUUCCGGCUGGGGCUGGACCGGUACAUCGUCUACAUCGGCAUCCUCGUCGCCGCCCUCGUCCACCGCGCCUCCUACUCCCCCUUCCCUAGCCGCUCUCCUCCUUUCCCCCGCUUCCUCCCCUCCACCAAGCUCCCCACCACCACCACCACCCUCUGCAUCGCCAGCAUCGCCAUCUUCCUGUACCUCACGCAGACCACCCUCCCCUCCAAGCCCCAGUACACCGCCCUCCACCCCUACAUCUCCUGGCUCCCCAUCCUCGCCUUCACCGUCCUCCGCAGCAGCAGCAGCAGCACCAUCACCAUCGCACUCGCCACACCGAUCCCCCACUUCCGCUUCCGCUUCCGCCUCCCGGUUCUCAGACAGACUCACGCCUCGGUCCUCGCCCAGGCGCUCGGCCGCGUGUCCCUCGAGACGUACGUUCUGCAGUACCAUGCCUGGCUGGGCGGGGACGCUACUGCGCGGCUCACGCUGGGUUUGGGACGGGGGGUAGGAGGUGAGUGGUGGUGGGGCGCGCUGGAGGUGGUGCUGUUCUCGGUGGUGUUUUUCGGGAUGGCGGUUCUGGUGCACGAGGCGACGGAGGUGCUGGCGAGGGGGUGGAUCACGCCGCGAAGGUUGUGGGGGUUGGGGAUGGGGUUGUGGUUGGUGAAUAUUGUGGUUACUUGGUAGGUUGGUUCUGUUGGUUGAUUAAGUGGUCGGUCAACUCCAGGGCUGGGAUCUUGGUUUGGUUAUAGUGAGUGUUAGGUUAGGGGGUUUUGUUUGAGUUGGGUUGUUUAGAGUUAAGGGGGGAUAGGGGAAGGUAUCUUUAGGGUACAAGGUACCUAGGUCAGGCAGCGAAGUUAGCGAGAGCGAGUGUUUCCUGGUUUAUACUACAUACUUACUGCAGAAGAUUCCUACUAAGGUUACGUAUGUACCUAGGUUAGUAGGCAGGCAGUGUCAAUACACACUCAUGUUUGAAAAAAUUUUUCUCUUACU